AUGUCCAAUUCUCCUCGAGACAAUGCCGAUGCGUUUGAAGAGUCGUCCGACCGUCCGGCGAAACGGCUGAAGAUCACCUUCAAGCAGGAGAAAUCGCAAGAGGAUUUUAGCAUGAAACGCGAAGAUUCCGUCGACGAGGUCCUUCCAUCACCUAAUGCUCGAAUGAGUCGUUCUGGGAGAGCGAUCAAGGCGCCCACGGCCUACGUCCCCAGUCCCGUUCCGGUGACCGUUCCCGGCAAACGCCAGAGAUCCGCUCGCAAAAAGAUGGCCAACAUCAUCUGCGCCAAAUGUGAUCGUGGCACCACCCCUAAAUCAAACCCAAUUGUAUUCUGCAGCGGGUGUGAGUCGACCUGGCACCAGAAGUGUCAUGACCCUGAGAUCCCCGAUGAUGCCAUUCUGGAUGAGGACAAGGAGUGGCACUGUCACCGUUGCGUAUAUCGGCAGCGUCGGUCCACUGGCCCUCGUCCUUCUAAGACGCAGGAACCAAAUACUCCAGUUCAACAAAAAGGGCUAUCGGAAUUCGGAGGCGCAUCGAUGAAUACGGAUGAAAGGCGCGCCUACUUCUCCCGUCUUUCUCAUGCUCAAUUAGUAGACUUUCUGGUCCACAUUUCGUCGAGAAAUCCAGAGCUCACAAUGCCCUCCACUGCUUCAAUAGCGCAACAGAAGACAUUCAGUCCAGUUCCCGCCAGUCCUAGGCCGAAAGUUGAGGACGAUGAGGGAUAUCGAAAGUAUCCACGGGCAGGUCAUGGUUUCGCUCUCUCUCGGGAGCCUGCCGACCUAGACAUUUUGAAGGAAGACCCGGAGUCGAAAACGUUCAGUCAUGUCUUGAAAGUCUCUGAUUUAUAUACUCCGAGGAGGGUAUGGGGUCAGGUUACGACUUUUGGAAGAUAUCUUCUUGGGUAG